GCUUGUUCAUCAAUUCAUGUGCAACCCAACACUGCAACGGUAAACGUUUUGUUUAUUUUCCUCAAUAAUUGUUAUCAAGGAAAAGCAGUGGUAUAAACAAUUUCAAAAUGUCAAACAUCACAGCCGCGGUGAUUGCCAACCGCAAUAAGAAGCAUUUCCUAGGAGUGCCGGCGCCGCUGGGCUAUGUUGCCGGCGUGGGACGAGGUGCCACUGGCUUUACCACACGAUCGGAUAUUGGUCCAGCGCGUGAUGCCAACGAUGUAUCCGAUGAUCGCCAUGCACCGCCUGCCACCAAGCGUAAGAAAAAAGACGAAGAGGAAGAGGAGGAUGAAGACUUGAACGACUCGAAUUACGAUGAGUUUAGCGGUUAUAGUGGCUCACUGUUCUCUAAGGAUCCCUACGAUAAGGAUGACGAGGAGGCGGAUGCCAUCUAUGAUUCCAUAGAGAAACGCAUGGACGAGAAACGAAAAGAGUAUCGCGAUCGACGGUUACGCGAGGAUUUGGAACGUUAUCGGCAGGAACGUCCCAAGAUUCAGCAGCAGUUUAGCGAUCUGAAGCGUUCGCUGGCCACGGUCACCUCCGAGGAAUGGUCUACCAUACCUGAGGUGGGCGACAGUCGCAAUCGCAAGCAGCGAAAUCCUCGUGCCGAGAAAUUUACACCAUUGCCCGACAGCGUGCUAUCUCGUAAUCUGGGCGGCGAGACAACAUCCUCAUUGGAUGCCAGCUCUGGCUUGGCUUCCAUGGUGCCUGGCGUAGCAACUCCUGGCAUGUUGACGCCCACUGGGGAUUUGGAUUUGCGUAAAAUUGGACAGGCACGUAAUACGCUAAUGAAUGUGAAGCUCUCACAGGUAUCGGACUCGGUGACGGGUCAGACAGUGGUCGAUCCCAAGGGUUAUCUAACAGAUCUGCAGAGCAUGAUACCCACUUAUGGCGGCGACAUUAAUGACAUCAAGAAGGCGCGACUGCUGCUUAAGAGUGUGCGCGAGACGAAUCCCAAUCAUCCGCCAGCUUGGAUUGCCUCGGCACGUCUGGAAGAAGUUACCGGCAAGGUGCAAAUGGCACGUAAUCUGAUAAUGCGCGGCUGUGAGAUCAAUCCGCAGUCUGAGGAUCUUUGGCUUGAGGCAGCGCGUCUCCAGCCGCCCGACACCGCAAAAGCUGUCAUUGCACAAGCGGCACGCCACAUUCCAACGUCGGUGCGCAUUUGGAUCAAGGCUGCUGAUCUGGAAACGGAAACCAAGGCAAAGAGACGCGUUUUUCGCAAAGCUCUUGAACACAUACCCAACUCGGUGCGUCUUUGGAAGGCGGCUGUGGAGCUGGAGAAUCCAGAUGAUGCGCGUAUUUUGCUAUCACGUGCUGUAGAAUGCUGUAAUACGAGUGUGGAACUGUGGCUAGCCUUGGCACGGCUGGAGACCUAUGAAAAUGCGCGUAAGGUGCUGAAUAAGGCACGUGAGAAUAUACCAACAGAUCGACAGAUUUGGACAACAGCAGCCAAGCUGGAAGAGGCCAAUGGCAACAUUCACAUGGUGGAGAAGAUUGUUGAUCGUUCGCUGACAUCACUGACCGCAAAUGGUGUGGAAAUCAAUCGUGAUCAUUGGUUCCAGGAGGCCAUCGAAGCGGAAAAAUCGGGCGCUGUUAAUUGUUGUCAGGCAAUUGUCAAAGCUGUCAUUGGCAUUGGUGUCGAGGAGGAGGAUCGGAAGCAGACUUGGAUCGAUGAUGCUGAAUUUUGCGCAAAGGAGAAUGCUUUCGAGUGCGCGCGAGCUGUUUACGCUCAUGCACUGCAGAUGUUUCCCUCGAAGAAGAGCAUUUGGCUGCGUGCUGCAUACUUUGAGAAGAACCACGGUACGCGCGAAUCUCUGGAGUCUCUGCUGCAACGUGCUGUGGCCCAUUGUCCCAAGUCUGAGAUACUUUGGCUGAUGGGCGCCAAGUCGAAGUGGAUGGCUGGCGAUGUGCCUGCGGCCCGAGGCAUUCUCUCCCUAGCGUUUCAGGCGAAUCCCAAUUCCGAGGAUAUUUGGUUGGCUGCCGUCAAAUUGGAGUCGGAGAACUCGGAGUAUGAGCGCGCUCGACGUCUGUUGGCCAAGGCACGUGGUUCGGCACCAACACCACGUGUCAUGAUGAAGUCAGCGCGUCUCGAAUGGGCGCUGGAACGUUUCGAUGAGGCGCUGCGUCUUCUGGCCGAGGCAGUCGAGGUAUUCCCUGAAUUCCCCAAACUGUGGAUGAUGAAGGGCCAGAUUGAGGAGCAGCAACGACGCACUGAAGACGCAGCCGCCACUUACACUUUGGCACUGAAAAAGUGUCCCACUUCCAUACCGCUGUGGAUACUGUCUGCCAAUCUGGAGGAGCGCAAGGGUGUGCUGACCAAAGCACGUUCGAUAUUGGAGCGUGGACGACUACGCAACCCAAAAGUAGCCGUGCUCUGGUUGGAGGCAAUACGUGUGGAGUUGCGCGCUGGACUCAAGGAAAUUGCCAGCACAAUGAUGGCGCGUGCGCUACAAGAGUGUCCCAAUGCUGGAGAGCUGUGGGCAGAGGCGAUAUUCAUGGAGACGAAGCCGCAGCGCAAGACAAAGUCUGUGGAUGCGCUCAAGAAGUGCGAGCACGAUCCGCACGUGCUGUUGGCCGUCUCAAAGCUGUUCUGGUCGGAGCACAAGUUCUCUAAAUGCCGAGACUGGUUUAAUCGCACGGUAAAAAUCGAUCCGGAUUUGGGCGAUGCUUGGGCGUAUUUCUACAAAUUUGAGUUGCUGCAUGGCACGGAACAACAGCAGCAGGAGGUUCUGGAGCGUUGCAUUGCCGCCGAACCCACGCAUGGCGAAUCGUGGUGCAGUGUGAGCAAGUGCAUACGCAAUUGGCAGUUCAAAGCUCCCGAUGUGCUGCGUGCAGUGGUCCAGCAGCUAUCCAUACCCAUCUAA